AUGUCGGCCGUCAAUAACCAGCGGAAGGCCGAGAUUCUUGCCAAAAAGGCCAAGUUAGCAGAACUGAAACGCCAGAGAGAGUUACGCCAAAAGGAGUUCUCUCAGUCGCGGGCAAGUACUGGAGAUGCUUCAGAGGUUGUUUCACCAGUUCCUAGUCGCUCUGACAGUAGAGCUGAACUCGAUGACCUGAUCUCCCGCCUUGUUGACCGUCCCGGUUCGGCUACGGUGAGCGGUGCAGAUGGCCUCUCGCGGAAAGGGAGCCGGCCAAAUUCGGUGCUGAGCGCCAGCCAACUCAGCGGUGACAAUGCAGAGGCAAUCACCUCGCCAACGCGACCGCUUUCACAAUCCAUUGCCGUGCAAACUGUUGGAACGGAGGCGUUUGUCGCUAUCCCUGAGCCCCCACAGGCCCCUGAAACCAAGCCGGAAGUUGUCACCUACAACAAAGGAGUACAGACAGAUGAUUUACAACAGAGCGAGCAAGAUUUAUUAUCGUUGGACUCGGAUGGUGAAGGAAAUGAAGAAUACAGACCCUCAAGCAAGAAACAACGAGAACACGAUGAUGAGAUCCGACAAAAGCUCCGCAAGGAAAUCGAGGAGGAACUGCAAGCCACUGAAGAAAGCGCCCAGAAUGAUGCUAGUGGUGACGCAUCUCUACGAUACCCACUACGCAAACUUGACGAUGACGAGCUGAAGGCUGUUACAUCCUCUGAGGACUUUCUAGACUUCGUGGAGCGAUCUGCAAAGGUCAUUGAGCGGGCUCUGGAUGAGGAAUAUGACGUAUUGGCCGACUACGAAUUAGGUGGUAUGGAUGCGGAACUCGAGGAUGACGAAGAGCACGGCAGGAAGAAGCGAGGUAUCAAGGAAGUCUGCCAGUUCUGGGACGAACGAUGGAGCAAGAAACGCAUGAUUAGUGAUAUUUGCUUUUCCCCCAAGUUUCCCGAGCUCGUCCUCGCAUCAUACACCAAGAACCCCUCCGCACCUCACGAACCAGAUGGCCUUGUACAAAUCUGGAACCAACACUUGCACUCCCGCCCGGAGUAUGUGUUUCACUCCACUUCAGAUAUCCUAACCGCCAAAUUUUCGCCAUUCCAUCCUAACAUCGUUGUCGGCGGCUCGUACUCCGGCCAAGUACUUCUUUGGGAUACCCGCUCAUCGCGCGCUGGCGGCGGUGCACCCGUCCAGAAGACUCCCCUGACAGGUGCAGGACACACCCACCCAGUCUACAGUAUCUCAAUUAUCGGAACACAAAACGCGCAUAAUAUCCUCACCGCGUCCACAGAUGGUGUCGUCUGCGGCUGGACCGUCGACAUGCUCGCACAGCCUCAGGAGUAUCUCGAGCUCUCCACCCCACCACCAUCUAAGACCGAAGACCUUGCUCCCACAACGAUGUCAUUCCCCCAAUCAGACCCAACUUUCUUCAUAGUAGGCACUGAAGAAGGCGGUAUUUACCCCUGCCACCGUUAUGACCGCGCUGGCGCCAAGGCAGGCACCGAUCACCGCCUUGCCUACCGCGGCCACGCCGCUCCUAUCAUGUCAACAGCAUUCCACCCAGCUCGUGGCCCUGUUGAUCUCGGAGAUCUCAUGCUAAGCUCCAGUUUGGACUGGAGCGUCAAACUCUGGCGUGUCCGCCCUCCGGCUGCCACUGCCCCGGCGGCCACGUCCGGCAUCACAGACACUCAAGUCGUCCACCCCAUCCUCGAUAUCAACCGAGAAGAUGUUGUCUAUGAUGCUCGCUGGUCGCCGCACCGGCCUGGUGUUUUCUCAGUUGUCGACGGCGCAGGGAACCUCGAGGUUUGGGACCUUUACACAGACACCGAAGUUCCCGCUGUACGGACCUCACCCUCCAAAGGUCGUGCUGGUGUCCUCUCCCGCAGCUUAAACAAGGUCGCCUGGGAAGAGCGGGAGGGUCGCCGCCUCGCAACUGGCGGACUUGACGGUGUUGUAACCGUAUUCGAGGUUGGAAGAGGACUCAGCGGUACGCCCGACGACGUUCCCUCUGAAGAGUGGACCGGCAUGAAGCGACUUGUUAGUAAACUAGAACAGAAGGAUAAGGACAGAGUGAACUAA